AUGAUUGAGAAUGCCAUCAGGAGUGGGAAGAUCGAUGCUGGAGAGGGUAACAGAAGAUCAGCUUCGAAGAGGAAGGAAAACGAGGUGAACAACGCGAGCAUGUACAACAAGGGUUACUCGAAGUCAGUAACAGUGAGUCAGCCAGAAAAGGUGGCUGCCAAUCGGCAAAGCUCGUCGGGACAGGAGCCCUUACAGCCCCCGUACCCCAAAUGGUAUGACGCAAAUGUACAGUGCGACUAUCAUGCGGGAAUCACGGGGCAUUCCAUAGAAAACUGUAUCGCCUUCAAAAAGGUGGUUGAAAGGCUCAUUGGUAUGGGUGUCGUUAAAUUUGAUGAAGCCACCAAAGCAGAAAAACCAUUACCAAACCAUACUGACAGCGGAAUAAAUAUGAUGGGCGAGGACAGAAAAAUCAGGGCAGACAUUGCGGACGUGAAGACUCUUUUGAGAUGGGUCUGGAAAGAUAUGGUGAAAAGGGGACUAAUUGUUUCAGAAGAAAGCUGUGAGAAGAGGAGGAAUUACUGUGAGUUCCACUGUGAAAUGGGACAUGAAAUCCAAGAGUGUACGAAGUUCAGAGCCGUGGUACAGGGUAUGAUGGAUAAUAAGGAGAUGGAAUUUUGUGAAGGAGUUCAGAAGGAGAAUCAUGUAUGUACGUCAGAGUUGGCAUUGGGAGUUCCAAAGGCUAACCAUCCUGUGGUCAUCAUCUCACGACCUAAGAAUAGUGAGGCUGGAGCGCGAGUAGCACUAAAGGUCAUCAUUCAAAAAUCGACCGUGUUUACUUACAAGGAUAACAGGAGGGUUCCUUGGAAUUACAAUUGUAAUGUGACAAUCCCAGGGAAGGAGGAUGUAAUUAAUAAAGAGGACCAUGAUGAAGGAGGGCAUGACGAACAGGAGAAGGCUCGAGUAGAGCCAAUAAGAGAAGAAACUUCGAUUGGAAAGAAGAAGAAGGCGGUCAAACCUAAAUUGGUGGUCAAUGAACCAAUCAAGGAGGAGGAAGCUAAAGAGUUCUUGAAGUUCAUAAAACAUAGCGAGUACAGCGUUGUGGAGCAACUGUACAAACAACCAGCUCGCAUAUCUGUGCUAACUUUACUCCUAAACUCGGAGGGACAUCGAAAUGCACUACUGAAUGUGCUAAAUGAAACUUAUAUGGACGAUGAUAUCUCUGUUAACAAGUUGGAUCGACUGGUCGGCAAUAUAAGCGCUGAUAACUUCAUCUCUUUCAGCGAUGACGAAAUACCACCUGGGGGUAUGGGAUCUACUAGAGCUUUACACAUCACUGCAAGGUGUAAAGGGUGCAUAUUGCCGGGAGUUCUGGUAGACAAUGGAUCGGCAUUAAAUGUAUUGCCCCUAUCCACGCUCAACAGGCUACCUGUGGAUAGUUCGCAUAUGAAGUCGUGUCAGAACGUGGUUCGAGCAUUUGAUGGUACUGAGAGGGGGGUCAUGGGAAGAAUUGACAUUCCCCUGUUAAUUGGCCCAACUAUUUAUGAGGUGGACUUCUUAGUUAUGGACAUCAAGCCUUCUUACAGUUGCCUAUUAGGAAGGCCAUGGAUUCAUUCAGCAGGUGCGGUACCGUCAUCGUUACAUCAAAAACUGAAGCUGGUGUCAGAAGGCAGGGUUGUGACGAUAGACGCUGAAGAAGAUAUCAUUGCAUCUGUGACCAAUGAUGCGCCUUAUCUAGAAACGAGCGAUGAUGCAAUCGAAUGCUCUUUCCGUUCCUUGGAGUUUGUAAAUGCAACAUUCAUCCGUGAGGGAAACAAGAUCCCGAUGCCGAGAAUAUCCAAGACCACAGAGAUGGGUCUGCAGUUGACUGUUGGAAAGGGAGCUUUGCCGAGAAGAGGAUUGGGGAGAUAUCUUCAGGGCCGAGUUGAGGCUCCAGUGUUGAAAGAUAAGCAGGACCGUUUUGGCUUAGGAUACAAGCCAGAUGCUAGGCAGAAGAGGAUAGAGCAGGAAAAGAAGCGAGUGAGGAGAAGGGCUCGCUUGACAGGUGAUGAAGUCAAAUGGGAACCCAUGACCUUUCCUCACCUAUCCAAGACUUUUGCAUCAGGAGGAUUCAUCUAUCAAGGAAUGUUAGGGGUCAGAAGUAUUAACACGGAGCUAGGGAGUAUUCAUGCCGUGUAUGAAGAAUCGACGCAAGGAAGAACUUUGCCAUAUAUUCGUCCUUACGAGUCGGAAAGGGAGCUAAACAACUGGACUGCAGAAGAAAUACCUGUAGUAUUUAGGAUUUCCUCAGAGUCCCACGAUAUCAAUGAUGCGAAUGUCACUCUUACAAAUUUAGAGUCUCCUUUUGAACGAAACAUGUGUUUAGAGGGAUCGCAUGAUUUUGAAGACAACGAAGACUGGGGUCUGUCUCUUGACUUGUCAAAGAUGGUAGAAAGGGCCGAGAAACAAAUCCUACCUCACAGGGAAUCAAUAGAAGUCUUGAGCUUAGAGGAGGGUAAAGAGGUGAAGAUCGGAUCGGUUAUCUUUGCAAAGACAAGACAGGACCUCAUUGAAUUACUCCGAGAGUUCAAGGACGUGUUUGCAUGGUCAUACCAGGAUAUGCCGGGGUUGAGUACCGACAUGGUGGUCCAUCGUCUCCCUAUAAGAGAAGAUUGUAAGCCAGUGCAGCAAAAACUCAGAAGGAUGAGGCCUGAUAUCGUGUUGAAGAUAAAGGAGGAGGUCCAAAAGCAGUUUGAUGCCGGAUUUCUGCAAGAAGUCAAGUAUUCUGAGUGGGUGGCUAACAUCGUACCAGUUCUAAAAAAAGAUGGAAAUGUACGAAUGUGUGUAAAUUACCGGGAUUUAAACAGGGCUAGUCCAAAGGAUAACUUCCCAUUGCCCCACAUCGACACAUUGGUAGACAAUACUGCGGGCUUUUCAUUGUUUUCCUUCAUGGAUGGUUUUUCUGGGUAUAAUCAGAUAAAGAUGCAUCCCGAGGAUAUGAGGAAGACUACGUUCAUUACGUUAUGGGGAACGUUUUGUUAUAAAGUGAUGCCAUUUGGAUUGAAGAAUGCAGGAGCGACAUACCAAAGAGCCAUGGUAGCCUUGUUCCAUGACAUGAUGCACAGGGAAAUCGAGGUUUAUGUUGAUGAUAUGAUCGCGAAAUCUAGAACGGAGGGCGAACAUGUGCGGGUCUUGAGAAAGUUAUUCUUAAGAUUGAGAAAGUUCCAGCUCAAGCUUAAUCCAGCGAAGUGCACUUUUGGGGCCAGGUCAGGAAAGUUGCUAGGCUUCAUAGUCAGUGAAAAGGGAAUCGAGAUUGAAUGCGAAGAAGCUUUUAACAAGGUGAAGCAGUAUUUGUCUAAUACUCCAGUGCUGUCACCACCUAACCCGGAUAGGCCUCUGAUAUUGUAUCUAACGGUAUUUGACAAUUCCAUGGGGUGUGUGUUAGGUCAACAUGAUGAAAGCGGGAGGAGAGAAAGGCGAUAUAUUAUCUCAAAGAAGAAAUUCUUGUUGUGA